UCAAAAUUCGCCCUAAAAAUUGUCGAUCUGAGCCAGGUCUUGGAAUCAUUUCUAAAGAUGACAGUGUUGUAAUCCACACACACAGCGGCUUCAUUGCAUUCUGUAUGGGAUUGUUUUCAAUAUAAAGUAUAUUUAUUUCAUAAAAUUUGUUUCUUUCUCUUCUCAAUCAUCAACAACCGAGCUGGAUAAAUUCUUGUCUUCUCGAUCGGCUGCAUGCUAAAUCUGACCUUGAAGCGCUGCCGUGAUCGUUGCCGGAAGAUUAUUUAUGCGAGUGAGAUUUGGAUUCCAUUGUGCUGUCUGCAUAGUAGUUGGGAACGGAUAGAAAGAUAAAUGCUUGUCGGAAGGGAUAUAGGGUUUUCGUACCCGGUCCUGUUUUUUUCUCUCAUCGGUCCACUCUUCUUUUUCUUUCUACGCCGGCGAUGGCAACGUUAUGUCGCUAGAAAAGAAGAGAUCAAUAGGCUUUUGAUUUUGGCGGCAGAGGAGGCGGCAAGGGUUGAACUUGAGUUCACUGCAGACUACUACACUAGUUCAGUUCCAUCGUUUAUUCCACCGCCACAGCAACAGCCACAGCCACCAACACCGACACCGCCGCCGCAGCAGUACAUAUGUGCUGUGUGUUCCGCCCCCACCAAAACUCGCUGUGCCAGAUGCAAGGCUGUUCGUUACUGCUCAAGCAAGUGUCAAAUCGUUCAUUGGAGACAACGCCACAAGGAUGAAUGCCAUACUUUUACCAUUCAUGAUGACACUGAUAAUGGAUUUGAAGAUGCCGAGAAAGAAUCAAAGCACCUAGAAUAUGAGAAUGGCAUAAACAACAUUGGAACAGAAGAUGAUUCACAUACAAAGUCUGAUGGACACUUUCCUGAAGAUCUAUCCUCUCAUUUGGAUUUAUCUUCAGAGGACUCCUCUCUAAAUGAUGAAUCUGAAGUUGACUGUAUUGCUCCUGGGGAAGGAAUUGAUUCUCAUUUUGAGAGCUUAUCUGAACAUGACUCCAAAAGUAAUGUCUUGGACAAUGCUAAGAGUAGUUGUGUUGCUGAUGUUGAAAAGGUUAAACUAUCAUUAUCAGAGAGGACCUAUGUUAAUGACACUGUAAAUCAUUUAAAUAGUCCUCCAAAUUCGAUCAAACACAAAUCAAGAGUCAUUAAUCAGAAUAGCCAGAACAUAUCAUCCAAAUCUGUGGGUUCCUUUAAAAGCGACUUCUGUAAAUCCCCGCUCUCGGACCCUUCAGUACCUUCUACUGAUUUCUGGGAUGGAACCAUCAAGGCCGGUCGUGCCAGACUUGAUGCUCAAGGAGAUUCGGCUCAAUCCAAAUCAAGUAGAGAUUCUGGCAUUGAUGCUGAUGAAGAAUCUGUUCUAAACAGGUCACAUGGAGAUGGCAAUUGUGGCAUUGAUGAUAUUGAUGCUCAUGAAAACUCUGCUCAAUAUAGGUCAAGUAGAGAUGACAACUGUAGCAUUAAUGAUUCGAUACCCCCUCCAAGUUCUUCUUUCAACUUGCAUAAGAGUAGGGCUUCUAAUAUCAGGAAAGACGAUUCUAAUACUUCUACUCCAGGAAUUUCCAUGACAACCAAAAUUAGGGGCAGGACUAUUUUACCUGAAGCUACGCAGGGGAACUCUUCUAACACCAAUAACUUGCAAUCAUCCACUAGUCUUCGUACUUCCAAGACUGGUAGUGUAGGGUCAUUCACCGAAGGGAAAAAUCAGGUACUAAGUCCAUUGGUUUCUGAAUCUGGUGGCAGUAAAAAUACUUUGGCUAGAGAUGCUCCUCUUUUAUCCAGCAUCAGAACAAGUUCAGUUCAGGAUGCAAAGCCUAUGCAAUCAGAUGGUUCCAGCUCUGUUCCUGCUAGUUCACAUUUCACAGAUCAUUCUCCUAAUGUUAACAAUGGAUUGAGAGCCUCAGUUUUGAAAGUUGUUGAACAGCCGCCUAAAUCAUCAAGACAUUAUUUAGCUGGGCGAUAUGAUAACAAGGCUUUAUUUCCUUAUGAUCAAUUUGUUAAACUUUAUAACUGGAAGAAGGUUGAACUACAGCCAUGUGGUCUAAUGAAUUGUGGGAACAGCUGUUAUGCUAAUGUUGUGCUACAGUGCCUAGCAUUUACACCACCCCUGACUGCUUAUUUUCUCCAAGGGAUUCAUUCUAAAGCAUGUGUAAAUAAAGAGUGGUGCUUCAUCUGUGAGUUUGAAAGUCUCAUUAUGAAGGCAAAGGGAGGCAUUUCUCCUGUGUCUCCUAUUGGUAUACUAUCCCAAAUUCAAAAUAUUGGGAGUCAUAUGGGUAAUGGUAAACAAGAAGAUGCUCACGAAUUUCUAAGGUAUGCCAUUGAAAAAAUGCAAUCUGUUUUCCUCAAGGAAAAUGGGGCAAAUACAUCAGGCUGCUUGGAGGAAACAACUCUGAUAGGACUUACAUUUGGGGGUUACCUUCGGUCAAAGAUCAAAUGCAUGAAAUGUGGAGUUAAAUCUGAAAGGCAUGAGAGAAUGAUGGAUCUUACUGUUGAGAUAGAAGGUAAUAUUGGAACCCUUGAAGAGGCACUUGGACGGUUUACAGCUACUGAAGUUUUGGAUGGUGAAAACAAGUACCAUUGCAGCAGAUGUAAAUCCUAUGAGAAAGCCAGAAAAAGGUUGACAGUGUAUGAAGCUCCUAACAUUCUCACAAUAACAUUAAAGCGUUUUCAGUCUGGUAAGUAUGGGAAGCUCAACAAGUCAAUAAAGUUUCCAGAAACUCUGAAUCUUGCCCCGUGCAUGAGUCGGACAAGCGAUAAGUCACCUGUUUACAUGCUCUAUGGAGUUGUGGUGCAUUUGGACACCAUGAAUGCAACAUUUUCUGGUCAUUACGUCUGCUACAUAAAAAACGUCCAGAACAAAUGGUUCAAGAUUGAUGACAGCAAUGUUAAAACUGUGGAUCGUGAAAGUGUCUUAACAAAGGGGGCAUAUAUGCUUCUGUAUGCCAGAUGCUCACCUCGUGCUCCUAGGUUGGUAAGGAAUCCAUGUAUACCACAUGAGAUAAGAAACUUAAAGUGCCCUUCUAAGCACGUGUUGAACAAGCAAGGACGAAAAUCCAGGAUCCUUUAUCCAGUUCAUGGUUCUUCUCAGCCAAUGCUUUCUUCAAUUCAUGACGAGGAUUCCUCCAGUGAUAAUGCUUCAUCUCUUUUCUCCGAGGAAUGCUCUUGCAGCACUGAGAGCAGCAAUGUGGACUCUACAGUCUCGGAUGAUAUAUUUGAACAGUUUUUAACCGAUGUUGGAUGUCAUGUGAACAACCUGUGGAAGCAUUCAUCAGAUUCAGACUCAUCUUCUUCCUCGUCUUCAUCCUCGCCUUCUCCUUUGUACGCCAGGUACCCUUAUCAUGAUGCCAGUCCCAUUUCGAAUCCUGAAUCAGGUAAAUCUAGUAGAGAAUUAGGUAGUAGUUGUAGGGAGCCCGACUCAGAGAGAAUAGGGCGGGUUAACGAUGGUGUACCAUUGAGAAGAUCAAUCCGGGAAAGAAAGAAUGGGUAAAAUAAGAGUGUUUUGGUUGGUUGGGGGGGAAUUAGGGAUAGUCUAUAUGUAUGUAUUGUCAUAUAUCGGUUGAGAUGGCUUUUUUUUUUUUUGUGGGAGACUUGAAAUUGGCCAUCAUUUUGUCUAUAACUCUCCCUAGACCUUGUAAUACCAAUAUUCUUUAUUGCUAUAUAUAAGUGAUGUAUAGUGGAACUGGUGAUGAUGUUCAUUAGUUUAUGGCGAAAUUCUUUAAAAUUGGUGG